UGCGUGCGUAUUGCGAGCAAUCAUCUGUUUAUCUUUCCGGCUAAGGAGGCGCCUCUGACCAAAAAGCGCAGAGAGGCAAGUGAACGUUGCAGCCAGGAGGGGGUAGUGGGGCUGACUGUAGCUCCAGAGGCUAGCUGGAGGGACUAACAGGAAGAAAAACGAGUCUCGAGCGACCACACGUCGGCAAGGCGACGCUAGAGUACUCGUUAACGACAGGGACUUAGGGAAUUUCUCGGUGACGUGAAGAGUGAGGGUCAGAGGACGUGGGGAAGACAUGACGGAUUUCGUGAAGAAGAAAAUUGUCGAGAAAUUGGCAAAAUUCACCAAAGAUCUCAAGCCCAGUGACAUAUCGCUGGCCGUCCUCACUGGAAAGGGAGUCCUCACAAAUCUCGAACUGAACUGCGAUUUCAUCACCCAGGUUCUCCAGCUGCCGCCAUGGAUACGGGUUGCCAGGGUGAUGUGCGACCGAAUACGGGCCCACGUCCCGUUUACAAAUCUCAGGAACGACCCGAUUCAGAUUAGUAUUGGAACUGUUGAGAUAGAGGUUACCACGGCAACGGGCGAGACGGCUCAAAAGAGUUCUGGCAACAUUCUCGACAAGUUGGGGUCCAACUUGCCGUCAAAGUACGGAUUCUCAGAGAAAGUUAUAGACGGAAUGAAGGUCGAGAUUCGCUCCAUCGUCGUCAAUUUCCGAGAUCCUGCGUACCGGGCCCGGCUCGAGAUCUCCGAUAUCACGAUCCAGAGUACGAAUCCGGAAUGGAACCCGGCCACGCUCGCUCACACUCGCUACAAGACGACCGACGAAGAGUCAGUCAUCAUCUACAAGAUGUGCAACAUUGGAAACGUCAAGUUGGAGGGGUGGGUUGUGGAUGAUGAGGAGGGAAAGGAGGGAGGAGAGGGGGCAGGAGGAGGAGGAGGAGGAGAAGAGAAA